AUUUAAAUUCAGUUUCCAUUUUGACACGGUUGUUAAUUUUGUAGCAGUUAUCCAGUGGUCCAGCGGAGGAAAUAAGACAUCAAUUUUAUAUCCUCUUUAUAGAUGGCACCACCGCUUCGUCCACGUGACAAAUAAAACCAGCUACCAAACCGUAGAAGUCACGUGACAAGCAGUCACCUGUUAAACUCCAUGCGCAUACUUAUCCGUAGCGCAUAGUAGCAUACGCCGAACAGCAUCGUAUUGUAGACGACUUUCUGGCUAGGACCAAAUUUCACUCAAGCGAUUCCAGAUUGCUGUUUCUCUGGGAUUAGUUCUCAUAUCGUUCUGUUCUGGCUUUGGUUAGGUAAUAUCAAAAAAUGUCGACCCCGAAAACUCCAAAAGCUCCCAUCCAGUCAGUCCAAGUCUUCGGUAGAAAGAAAACAGCGACAGCAGUCGCGUACUGCAAGCGCGGACGCGGACAGAUUCGCGUCAAUGGAAGACCGCUGGAGUUCGUGGAACCCCAGUCGCUGAAAUACAAGCUGCUGGAACCAGUACAAAUUCUCGGUAAAAAUCGAUUUUCCGAGGUAGACAUCCGGGUCCGUGUGAAAGGAGGUGGUACUAUUUCUCAGAUCUAUGCUAUUCGCCAAGCAAUCGCCAAAGGAUUGGUCGCAUAUUAUCAGAAAUAUGUGGACGAGGCCUCCAAGAAAGCCAUUAAAGAUGUUCUCAUCCAAUACGACAGAACGCUCCUUGUGGCAGAUCCGAGAAGAUGUGAGCCAAAGAAAUUCGGUGGUCCCGGAGCUCGCGCUCGUUACCAGAAGUCGUAUCGUUAGAUUCUUUUCGAUGUAUGUUCUCUGCUAAUUUUUCCAUCCUGAAUGAUAUGAACAUUUAUACUGGGCGACGUUCGGCGUGAAACAAUAAAACAGCGUCAUGGA